AUCAAUUCCAUCAAAUUUCACAUUUCAAUAAGUAAGAAUCUUUCCUCCCUUUUCAUGAAACUCCUACGUGCUUACUACCACACUUUUAUCUUGUUGUGACUUCGUCCUCUUUUUUUACUUGGAAAAUUUUCAGCAAAAGUACUGUACAAAAGUAUCUGAUAGCCCUAUUUUCUUUUGCUGUAGAGCACAAUUGUUAUAGUAAGCUGAAGUUUUUCGGGUCUUGAUAUUCUUGCCAUUGCAAUGCCUCCAACGUAUUUACCUCUUCGAUGGGAGAGUACUGGGGACCAAUGGUGGUAUGCUGCACCAAUUGAUUGGGCAGCUGCAAAUGGUCACUAUGAUUUGGUCCGAGAGCUUCUUCGCCUAGAUGGAAAUCACGUUAUCAAGCUCACUUCACUACGUAGGAUAAGGCGACUCGAGUCUGUUUGGGAUGAUGAAGAACAGUUUGAUGAUGUGGCUAAAUGCCGGUCACAAGUUGCAAAGAAGUUGCUUCUUGAAUGUGAGAACAAGAAAGGGAAAAAUUCCCUACUUAAAGCUGGAUAUGGUGGAUGGCUUUUGUAUACUGCUGCCUCUGCUGGAGACUUGGAUUUUGUUCGAGAAUUGCUCGAAAAAGACUCCCUUUUGGUAUUUGGAGAAGGAGAGUAUGGUGUCACGGAUAUAUUAUAUGCUGCUGCUAGGAGUAAAUGUUGUGAUGUGUUUAAGGUUUUGUUUGAUUUUGCUGUAUCACCGAGGUUUAUAGCGCGUGGUGGUAGAGGGUCGGAGGAACAGAUUGGGGAGAUUCCGUCUGCUUAUAAGUGGGAGAUGAUGAAUAGAGCUAUUCAUGCGGCUGCUAGAGGAGGCAAUGUGAAGAUGCUGAAGGAGAUUAUUGCUGACUGUUCUGAUGAUAUAUUGGCUUACAGAGACAUUCAAGGUGCAACUCUCUUACAUACGGCCGCUGGCAAAGGCCAGGUCGAGGUUGUUAAAUAUCUUUUAAAAAGUUCUGAUAUUAUCAACUCCAUAGACAAUCAAGGCAAUACUGCAUUACAUGUGGCUGCUUCGAGGGGCCAAUUAGCUGUUGUUGAAGCUCUCAUCGUUGCUUCACCUUCAUUGGUGAACUCAAGAAACACUGCUGGAGACACAUUUCUUCAUGUUGCCAUUACUGGUUUCCAAAAUCCUUAUUUCCGGAGAUUGGACCGUCAAAUUGAUCUUAUGAAGCAAUUAGUUUGUGGAAAAAUUUUCAAUAUUGAAGAAAUUGUCAACGCUGAAAACAAUGACGGUAGAACUGCCCUUCAUUUAGCUGUCAUUGGAAAUAUUCAUUCUGAACUUGUGGAAUUACUUAUGACCGUCCGCUCUAUUAAUGUCAAUACUCGUGAUAAGGAUGGAAUGACACCACUUGAUAUCCUGAGGCAACGACCACGUUCUGCUUCAUCCGAGCUACUUACAAGACAGUUGAUCUCUGCAGGGGGGAUUUUUAGUCAUCAUGAUUAUUCUGCAAGGAAAGUUGUCGCAUCCCAUUUAAAGAUGCAAAACAUAAGCAGCAGUCCCGGAACUUCUUUUAGAAUCUCUGACACUGAAAUAUUCUUAUACACGGGCAUUGAACAUGCACCAGAGGACAGUAGAAAAACUGAGCUUAGCAACACAAGUGAGCUGAGUCAUCGCUACAUGAGUCCCGAUAGCUAUUGUUCUAGAAAUGACAAGAAACCUGGUUCCGCAGAUCAUGCAGCUGAAAAACUGAAACGCUUCUUCCAUUGGCCAAAAAUUAAAAAAAGAGAUACGAAGAAGGUCAAGAUAUUGGUUGAUCAGUGUUCUGCAAGUAAUUCAGACGUGGCACCAGUCCCUCUUCGAGAAAGAUACUCCAAGCCUUCAUCACUCUCGAGCCACAAACGGACGCUCUCUGCUAGUAGUAACAUUCCAAGUCCAACAGCAAAGAAGAAAUUUGCUUCAGGGAUAGUAAACGGUGUCAUGCAAACCAUACCACAUCUCAGCCUCCCUCGUAGAUCACCUCGUGCUAGUUCUUUCUCGAUUUCAUCAUUGUCUUCGCGCAGUUCCUUGGACAAACAAAAAGCAAUUGUAAUUGAGACUGAGUUUUCUGGACCGUCUUGUUCUAAUCAGGUAGACGGUGUAUCAUCAGACUUGACACACAAACAAAGCGCAGGACAUAAAAGGUCGGUGAACCAAUAUUUGUGUUUUGGAGCCUCAGGACAACCUGUCAAGGCCUCUUCAAGUGGGAUGCAGCCGUAUGAACUUUAUGAGCGGUCUGUUCUAUCCAUGGCUUGAACAAUGGCACGUACGCAUACAACAACAACAACAAAAAACCCGGUGCAAUCCCACAAGUGGGGUCUGGGGACUUCAACCAUGGCACGUGGGCAUGGACUUCAAUGAUUUGGCAGGUCAGUGAUCUCUUUUCCUGAUUAAUUUCCUAGUUGACGCGUUCGGAUGUACUCAUAUAGCUCAAAAGCUAUUGACAUUUCUCUGAAUUUAGUCUUUUUAUUCCUGAAGAAAAUGUAAAUAUGGUUAAGUUUGUAGCUGUAACUAAAUGACUUUGUUUAUGUUGCUCCUUACUUUGAUGUAAUAAGGAACUUUCUGCAGCUGGUUCAACAAAUUUCUCUACUUUUUCUCCA